AUGGGUUUGAAAAAAGCGGAAACGGUCGGAAAAAUUGCGUUUUGUUUAUCCGCUCAGAAGUACUGACGAGUGCGGUGGGGCGCACUUGCUGACCCCGUCGCAACAUUCUUUGAAAGAUAAGAAAUCGGAGCGAAAAAAAGAGAAACAUGCUGGUCAUUUGACACCUCAUCGCGUCGAUAAGCGAUUUUAGUCUAAAAAUAAACUGCCUUUAAUAAAUAACACUUUACAAUCAAACCCAAUAUCCCUAAAAAUCGCCGAAAUGUGUUGAACCUUGCAGAGCUGGCACCUGAAACUUCCCAAUCAGCCGCUGAACAAGACUGUGUCUCGUGCAGAAUAAUCGGCACAGCCAGGUAAUCCAUAAAAACCGGGUUCUUCUUUCGUUUGUCAAAUUCUUCAAUUUUCAGUUUGUUUGGCAUCGGCUGCUACAUUAUUUUCGCAACCCGACCCGUCGGGUACUAUGCGACCAGACCGCUCACUCGCCAUCUAGUUCGUUCUUUAUCAGCAGGUAUUUUCGAUCAUUUAUUCAAUUACCUCUCACUAGGCUAGUCGAACAGCCGCCUGAAAAAAACAGGCGGUGGCUUUUCAGGCGCACUGAAAUCGCCUGUUCGAUCAGCCUACCUCUCACAAAAAGCCCUUUCAGUUCCUCUCUACGCGUCCGUCGCCCGCUGCUUCUACUUUCCACCGUUCGAUUCACUUGAUCCCACUAAACAUGUCAAACAUUGAUGUGAGUAAAUAAUUGAAUAAACGCUUUCUAAAAUCACAUUUUUGCUGCAAUUCCAGAUAAUCUUCGUAAUGGGCGUGAGUGGAUGCGGAAAGAGCACAAUCGGCAGUGCCCUCGCAGAAAGGCUCAAUUGGUCAUUCAAAGACGGCGACACAUUCCAUCCGCCGCAGAACAUCGAAAAAAUGUGCGCCGGAAUCCCGCUGACCGACGCCGAUCGUCUUCCGUGGCUCCGGACGAUCAACACGUUCGCUCGUUCCCAUCCACGCCACGUCAUCGCUUGCUCGUCGCUCAAAAAAUCGUACCGGACAGUGCUGUCCGAACGCGUCGCCGCCAAUUUCUUUCUUUUGAAUAUAAAGAGGCGAGUGGGGUGGCCCGAAUGUGAAAGAGAGCCCGACGACCCUUUUACACACAACAAACAACUCAAAUUCGCCUUCACUUCCGUCCUCUCAUUUUCACACUCGUUUUCACACCCUACUCUCCGGGUUUUCAGGGAAAUUCUCGAGAAGCGGCUCUCCUCGCGUGCUGGUCAUUUCAUGCCCUCGUCACUUCUCGAAAGUCAAUUGGCGACGCUGGAACUUCCCGAACGCGACGAGAGCAAUGUGAUUGUCGUGGAUGCAAACAACUUGGAUGCCAAUCAGCUUGUUGCGAACAUUUUAACUCACAUCUCAGUGGGAAUAAUGGAAAGAACGGACUAA